CUACGGGGAACCGUUGCAUCGACCAUCAUCUGCUUAUAAGCUUGUAUUAGAUGGUUGCAGCAGCUUCGUUUGCGUUACUUGAUUAUAUUAAAAUGCUUACCAUUAAGUACACUGUAGUUUCGGGAUGUAUCCAAGCUCUGCCGUCGCUGCUUCGGAAUAUUUCGAAGGAAAAUGGGAUACGCUGAGUGUGGCAUUAUCAUGAACUCGAGAAUCGGGAGUGUAUCAUCAGGACUGGGGGGCAGGCCUGAUAUGAGAGGACAGUCUCGGAAAAGUAGCCCUUUCUGCCCUCGCUCCUCUGGCAAGCUGGCACAAUCCAUAAUUAAGGACCACAUGGUGUCUCAUUACAAAAAGGUUUACUCAGCUAAAGCUGCCAUUGAUGCCUCAGUACCCCAAAGCUUGAUACAUAGUGUAAAGUACAAUGACCAGAUCAGGCAGGAUCGCUUGGGGAAAGGGGGUCGUCCUCAAUCAGCUCACUCUCUCUCACAAAGAAAUACCAGAGCCUCCUGCUCCUCAGCCCAGAGUAGAUUGUCUGUUCAGUACGAUGACAGCCCCUACCUCUGCUCAGGAAGUUCUGUGGUCUCCAGUCAAAGGUUCAACACGUCCUUUCAUGCUAAGGAGAUAGUUUAUCCAUCAUGUAAAGUCAGUCCACAGAACCAGUCUCAUCGUACUCACCCAGCAUCAGAAAUACAGUUCAGGAACCCACAGGCAGCUUUGCACAGAAAGGAGUCAGAGUGUUCACUGGAAGCAUCAGGAGAUCAAAAUUGCUACAAGACUUUCCAGGACCCUGUCCAGAAGACAUACGGUGGAGACUUGCUCCAGAAGCACUGCCAGCACUUUACCCAAGACAAACCUUUCACCCCUAAGACCCUGAAAUCAGAUAAGAGUUCAUACCUGUCAAAAUAUCGCUACUACAGAGCACCACAAAAGAAACCUACUCAGGACUGUACCAACUCAAGACUGAUGCGCCACGAGACGGAUCAUGGAAGCACAACAACCAAGGAUUUUGAUGAGCCAUCUCAGGGAUUUAAUACGGGGCAUAAUUGGUCGGAAAAAGAGUUCAAUGACACACACUGCUCAGCAUCUAGACAACAAAGUCGAGCAAACAAGAGCAGAGACCACUUUUUCUUUGACUCCCCAUCCAGGGUUUCACCAGAGCAUGGAAAAUUUCCAGUUAUGAAGACUGAAUCUGCAGAGGAAGAAGAAUUAAUGUACCUCGAAUUUAUUUCUGCUGUAACAGAGGAUAUCUUAUCCAGGGACCACAUCUCUGACAGGGUUCUGCACCGGGUUAUAGAGCGCCAUAUUGACAUGAAUCUGCAUCUGCUUGAUGAGGGUAAAAUGCGCCACCUUCUGGAAGUGCUCUGUAAAGCUUUUGAGGAGCCAAUCAACAUAUCCACUUUCAGUACAGACCUUGAAAAAAAGGAGAAUGACUUGCUUGAUACACUUCUACCACAUCUGGACUCAGGGUGGAAACAAAUGAAGACCAAAGAAGACAAUGACCUUUUCCCUUACGUGUCACUGAUUAAAUCCUGCGAUUCACCUGAUUACACUGAUGCCUUAUCAGUGUUUACACCCUUAGGUUCUCCUAAAAGGACUGCUUUGCUAACAAAAAAUAAUGAAAAGGAUGAGGAAGAUAACAUUCAGGAGAAGUCCACUGGCUCUCCUCGACUGAGUGAGCAAGUUACGAGUAAUACAGGAAUUGGUGAAGAUGUCCUCCAUCAAAAUCAAAUAAGCAUAAGUGCGACAAAUAAAGAAAUCAGCAAUGAAAACCAUGAAUACGCCACUAUAACCACUGAUGAAGGAUUUCAUCAAGACCAAGCUGAGGUCAGUUAUAGUGGACAAUCUAAAGAGCUUGAGGAUCUGGGAAGAAGUUUGUCAGCAUCACUUCAUGUGUCCAACAACACAGAAUGUAACAAUGUGGACACUGCCAGUGAGCGACAUACAAAUGUAUUUGCUUCUGUCAGUGAUGAUGACUUCUGAGUUUUGCAGUUUUCAGGGAUUUAAUAUUUUUCAGUGUUGUUACCAAGUGAGUGUUGUCCCAGAGAGAAAAGUACCAUUUGAAAUAUAUGAUAGUAUACUAGUUACCAGGGACGGCCCUUUCUUCUAUACUAGUACUAUAAUUUUGUAAAUGUGAGUAAAUGCUGGUUGCAUUUUCCAUGCUUUUACAAGACCCUAAAUGUUUUUAUCUAUUUUCCAAAAACACUGUGCAAAUGUUAUGCAAACAAACAAGUUUGACCAGUAUAUUAGCAACAUGAAUAUCUCCUUUGGGACAGCUGCAGUUUUUUUCCUCAAAAGUAAUGCUCUAAACAUUUUCGUAAUUAUUUCCCCAGUAUGAUUACAUAUUUGGAAGGGAUAGUCCAAAGCACUGCACUGAUGUGACAUGGGUAGAAUUAGUGGUUGCCUAUCCCUGUUUGAAUGGAUUGCGGAGUGUAUCCAGUCAAUGUUGGAGCUGCAGUUUACGCUUUUCAGAUUUCUGGGAACAGUUAUGUUAUAAUGAAAUUUAUAACCGUGUAGUGUGUUUGAUUUAACUUACACCGCUCACGUGUAGCUAAUAGGAAUAGACUGUCACCAGAAACUGACAUU